UGCUAACUGAGCCAGCCCGACUAGCUGAUGCUGAUGACUGGCUGUUUCCUGACAUUGAUUUGCAGUGGGAGGCACCAUGGCCGGUAAGGUGAAGUGGGUGACAGAUAUUGAGAAAUCAGUGCUCAUCAACAACUUUGAGAAAAGAGAAUGGGUUCAAGUUACAGAGAGCGAGGACUGGAAUUUCUACUGGAUGAGCAUCCAGACCAUCAGGAAUGUGUUCAGCGUGGAUACCGGUUAUCGCCUGUCAGACGACCAGAUGGUUAAUCACUUCCCCAACCACUACGAGCUGACCAGGAAGGACCUGAUGAUCAAGAACAUCAAACGCUACCGCAAGGAGCUGGAGAAGGAAAGCAGUCCGUUAGCAGAGAAGGACGAGAAUGGAAAAUACAUUUAUCUGGAUUUUGUCCCGGUGACAUUCAUGCUCCCUGCUGAUUACAAUCUGUUUGUGGAGGAGUUUCGUAAGAAUCCGUCCAGCACCUGGAUCAUGAAGCCCUGCGGGAAGGCUCAGGGCAAAGGCAUCUUCCUCAUUAACAAACUGUCACAGAUUAAAAAGUGGUCGAGAGACAGCCGCACCUCGACGUUUGUAGCAGCAUCUAGUGGUAAAGAGGCUUAUGUCAUCUCCCUGUACAUUGACAAUCCUCUGCUGAUAGGAGGGAAGAAGUUUGACCUGCGUCUCUACGUUCUGGUGACCACAUAUCGUCCCCUGAAAUGCUAUAUGUACAAGCUGGGCUUCUGUAGGUUCUGCACAGUGAAGUACACACCCAGCACCAGUGAACUGGACAACAUGUUUGUUCAUCUCACUAAUGUGGCCAUCCAAAAACACGGGGACGACUACAACCACGUCCAUGGAGGCAAGUGGACCGUCAGUAACCUGCGUUUGUACCUGGAGAGCACCAGAGGAAAGGAGGUGACCAGCCGAUUGUUUGACCAGAUCCACUGGAUCGUGGUGCAGUCGCUGAAGGCCGUAGCUCCUGUGAUGAACAAUGACAAGCACUGUUUUGAGUGUUACGGGUAUGACAUCAUUAUUGAUGACAAGCUGAAGCCAUGGCUUAUUGAGGUCAACGCCUCUCCCUCGCUGACCUCCAGCACAGCCAACGACCGCAUCCUCAAGUACAACCUCAUCAACGACACCCUCAACAUCGUCACACCCAACGGGGACAUCCCAGACUGCCGCUGGAAUCGCAGCCCUCCCCGAGAGGCCCUGGGCAACUAUCAAGUCCUGUGA